ACAGAUUCUCACCUCACGCUCGAUGAUACCGAACGCAUCAGCAAAGAGCUCAUCAACCUCCAGGACACUUACAAGACUGCAGUGGAAACCAUGAAGGAUGCCAGGAAGCAGGUGGACAGUGAGAUGGGCAGUCAGACACAAACCAACUGGGAGCUUGAACACCAGACAAAACGAAGCAAUGACUAUAAAAGUCAGAUGGAAAAAGUUACAAAGGAAAUUGAAGCCAUGAGAACACGCUUAUCAAUGCUUAGCGAUGGCUGCAAACACUGUCCUGCAGGAUGGAUUUUAAUGAACUCUGUAUGUUACUACUUCCCCUUGAAGUCAAAUGAAUUCAAAACAUGGAAGGAAUCCAGAGAUUUCUGUCAGCUGCAGGGAGGAGAUCUUAUAAUCAUAGACAGCCAAGAUGAAGAGAACUCAACAGUCAAUUAUUUGAGAAAUCAGCUACUUCCGUGCAACUGA